CAGCUAAGCAAGGAUUUAUUAUAACAAUAUUUAAUUUGUUUGCAAAAAGGUAUUCCUAACCCAACCUCAUCUGACCAGAAACGAACACUAAUCUUGAUCGUCGUUCCAACUGGAUUGAUGUCCAUAAUAAUUGUGGUUGUGGCAGGUUUUGUGUUGUACAGAAGAAAGAAAAUUUACGGCGGAUUUUACCUGUUUUCAUAUCCUCCUUUACCUGACUACAUGGAGACCAUAGACAGAAAUGGAAAUAUUCAAGAACAGCUUCAGAAACUGCCGUUUAUGCCAGAAUGGGAAUUUCCAAGGGAAAGGAUAAGCUUUGGUAGGUUAUUUAUUUUUGUGCAAUAAUCCGCCAAUAGGGAGAGAAUAAAGUAUAUUUAAAAUAAGGCAAUUUUUUUAUUAUGGAAUGGAAAGUCGCCUUCAAAUUUAACAUAAAGUGUUAAUAUCCUUAUAAUGUGACAUAUUCACAAAAGAGCAAAUCAUUUUCAGAUAACCAGUAGGCCUAGCAGUUUUUGGGUGCUUUCCUAUCUCGUAUAUAAGCAGCGUUUGCCAUUGGCAUUGAGCAAUGAAACAGCAACGGAUUGGUGAUUUAAAUGCUGAUUUAGCUAGCUCACUGUCCGUUUUUUUAUAGUGUCUUGGUCUCAGCAAAUUGCGUGUGGUUAACCUCAAAGAAAAUCAUUUUCGAAAUAGGUUACAAAAUAAUUAAAAAUAUUUUUCAGGCAGGGAACUUGGCUCUGGACAAUUUGGAAUUGUUUGGUUAGCAGAAGCAAUUGGUAUAUCUGCAUUUCAUCCAAGAGACAUGUUGAGAGAAAGAGAGGGCGGACGAAGGUUUCCCUUCUUCAAUCGCACAACAAAAAGAAACAGCUAUGUCUUUUGUAAAGAAGUAACCCAAGUUGCAGUUAAAACGAUGAAAGGUUUGAUUUUAAAAUUUUGUACAGCACCUGCAUGUAUGAUACAAGAUUACUGCUUGCAUGUAUGCAUUUAAAAAGCUACUUGUCAAUAAUUCAUUCGCCGUGAGAAAAUCUGAGACAUAUACAGUUCCUGAUAAAAAAUAGAUCCAUUCUAAAACUACACCGGAGUGACAGACAAGUAACAGACGAAUACAUACGUGAAACAGACGAGUAACCGACAUUAAAGUAAGAGUCGCGUACAUAUAUGUACGCCACUCUUACUUGAAUGUCUGUUACUCGUCACAGCAAAAACUCAUUUCCUUAUUAAGAAAACAAUUCUUAAAUUAAGAAAUUAUUACUUAAAAUGAGAAACUGAUUUUCUUAACAAGAAAAACCAUCCUUAAAAUAAGAAAUAUUUUAUUUACAAGAUAUUUUUUCUUGAAAUAAGAAAAAAAUUCUUAACAAAUCUUAGAUCAUUUCGUUCGAUUUCUUCAUCUUCCUAUCAAAUCAUUUUCUUAAGAAAACUAUGAUUUUCAUGUUUUAAGAAGUUUCUUAAAACAAGAUAUCAAAUUCUUAAUAUAAGAAAUAAUGGUUAAUAAGAAAUUGUUUCUUAAAUUUUCUCGAAGAAAGAAAACUUAAUAUUUGUUAUUAAAAUUUAACGCCAGGAACUAGGAAUGGAAUUCUAUUCUGGUGUUUAAAUGCAUAUAUAACAUCUUUUAUUAUUUUUACAUUUUCCCACAACGGAUAUAUUUCUUCGGCGAAAUCGUUUCUUAAAACAAGAAAUAUGUUUCCUCAAUAGGAAAAAUCAUACUUAAAAUAAGAAAUAUGUUUCUGAAAUAUGAAAAACCAUACUUAAAGAAGACAAAAGAAGAAAAAUUUUCAUAACAUAUCUUAGAUCAUAUUUGUGUGUAUAUUUUUUAAUGCAUGAUGGCGUACGGUAACAACGAAUCUUAUUUUCUAUAUGAACUACCCUUUUUCGUUUGUGUGGUGCAUGAGCGUCUAGAUCUUCAACACCAGAUCCUGACAAAGUAAUUUUUAAUUACUCAUCCCGCACAUUAACCGACGCUGAAAAUAUCCUUGUAGCAAGAAGCCUCAACUUUUCCUAUCGACCGUUUUUUUGUGAUUUUCUCGUUCCUUUUGAGAACUUAUAUGGAAUCCUUAAGAAAGAGCCUGUUACGAAAAUCCCGAUCAAUGGUUUUAACGCAGAGUUGAUUAAAACUCAGAUAAAGGAUAUCGCUUUGAUGGGUUACAAAACGUACAAUCCGCCGAAAUCAAUCUUUUCCAAUGACGAGUUCAAGAUAAUUGGAGGACUCCAGAAGGACAACAACAUUUAUCUCAUCAAGGCAGAUAAAGGAAAUGGAGUUGUAAUUAUUAACCGCGCGGAUUACAACUCAAGAAUGCUUAAAAUGAUAGACUACACAAGACCUUAGACCCUUGGGAAUUUUGUCCUUAAAGGUAAAAGGUGAGAGAGGCGUAGAGUUGUGCGAAAGUAAAAUCAUAUAUUCAAAUGGGGAAACGCUGAAGAUCAAAGUCUAGAAAUUUGAGUACGAAUUUGCAGAGAAUGUGAACCAGUGAAUGCGAGGCAGAAAUACAAAACUUUCUUGGGCACUGAACGAAUCACAGCUUUGGGUUGAAAAACUUUGUCCAAGAAAUCUCGUACGCACCGAUCUAAUAAGCCAGUAGGAUAGCCAUUUCGGUUAAACACGCACAAUUCCCGCUGAACAUGGAACUUCUCAUAGCUAGAACAGAUACUAAAGAAACGAUAUAAUAGUGAAGAUAUUAGACAACGUUUAUAUUGAAAUGGAAUGAAAUUAUGAAAAUUCGUAAAAUGACCUGUGAAAGUGUGCUUUUGGUACACAGAAGUUUGGUACACAGAAGUUUGUUUGCAGAUGACACUAACAUAUUUACCUCAUCUAGAAAUAUUCAGCAACUAGAAACUUUAAUGAACAUUAAUAUUGCCAAGGUUAAAAAUGGUGUGAUUCAAACAACUUGUCGAUUAAUUUCUCUAAGACAAAUUUUAUGAUUGUUAAAUCAGCUAGGAAAGAGUACGUGCAAAUUGACAUAAAGAUACAAAACGCAGAUGGUUCGCGUGUUUGUUUAUUAAGAAAAGAUCAUAUAUAAUAUUUAGGGGUUAUGACUGACGAUACCACAUUCUGGAAAUACCAUAUUCCAUAUCUUUGUUCUUUCGUAUAUUUCGUGGUAUUGGUAUUAUCUCAAAGCUAAGACGUUACUUAUUUAGUCAGCUUAAACAACUCUAUUAUUAUAUUAUAUACCCUCAUAUAUUUUACGCUAUUACUGCUUGGGAAAUACCUAUAAAUCCAACCUACAAAGUUACAAACAAAGCAAAACCAAGUUAUAAGGAUUAUGUUCUUUGCUAUAACACAUGGAGCUCUCACCAAGAGUGCUCUUCCAUAUUUAAAUAUGUUGGAAAUUCUCAGUGUUGAUAAUCUUUAUCGACUCAGUGCCUUAAAAUGUAUUCAUCUAUUGCACAAAUGCCAACUGCCACGCAUAUUUGACAGUUUAUUACAGUGUACUAGUGAUGUACAUACCUAUAACGGGGGGACCCCUUUGAGAUUAGUGAGGAGAUCCACCCUUACAUCAUAGCCAUGCGCCCGCGAUAUUUGAUGAACUUUAGACUUCGCUAGUGCAAUCGAGCGGAAUUAGUACCCUCGCCUUGGGGACAAACUUUCGGUUCUAAGAUUUCAAGCAGUUUAUUGCCCAUAGACUGAUCUUUUGUUUUGAAGAAAAAACAAAUAAACAAUUGUUGGACUGCUCUUCUCAUAGAAGUUUUUUCGGGUUUCUGAAUAAUGUUUUUCACUUUUUCCCCCGCAAGUUCUACUCUUUUGACCUGAAAUUUACCAUAUUCGUGAGACCAGCAUAGGUCCACCCAUGAAUCCUUUGAUCAGAACCACACGCCCUUGAUGCUUGAUGCACUUCGCUAAUGCUUUCCUUUCACCGGGUGUAAAUAACUGAGCGGAAUUAGUAUACCCUUGCAUCGUUGGCUUGGGGAUAACCACGCUUCGUUGGCACGUAUCGGCUAGUUUUCUAUUUCUCAAAAUAAUGUUAAUAGUUUUUGUACAUAGAAAUUUCGAGCGAAUAUUUAUACCGCAACAAUUUUGGAUCCGACCCAAAGCUCUUGUUGGGAAUGGCGAACCGGAGGGUUAAAAAUUAAUUAUAGAAAGUACACAAGAAGAACGGCAACUGAGAUAACAAAGCAAACAAUGACGCAGUUCGUUUGAUGAAACCUAUUAUUAUUGUUUAAAUCUGAUUGUUAUUCAAAUCAUUUUUACGUGUUGCAGAAAAUUUUGAUCGAAACGACCUAGCUGACUUGCAGUCCGAACUAAAGAUUUUAACUCAUGUUGGUGAAAAUGAAAAUAUUGUAAAUAUACUAGGUGCUUGUACAAAAGGUUAGUAACUGUACUUCUGUUUUUAAUUGAUACAUUACUGUAUACAGAUAUGUAGAGGAUGUGUCAACAAUUUAAACUGUCUGAAAAAUUUCGCAAAUUUUUAAAAUGUAUUUCAGUAUGGAUAGUUAAAGUGGCUCGAUACAAUUUUCAAAAAUUGAGGUGUUUAACACUUUGACAUGUUCAAACUACGCAUUUUUAGAAUUUAUUCAGCAGAUAUUGGGUUUUUAGAUAUUUUGAUAUCCCUACUUUCAAAUUAUAUUAGUUUUAGUAACAGAUAGUUCGUUGCUAUGACGACAUACGUGUACGAAAUUCACUCCAAAAUGGCCUAUCGUCUCGUAUAGUUGGAAAAGAAGCAUGGUGACCCCAAUUUUUUUUCGUGCAUUAUUUUACUUGGGACGAAAAGCUAACAAUUAGCCAAAUAUAAAAAAUUCUGUAAUACCAAUUUUUUGAAAAAUGCGAAAAUGUCGUACUCUUCGGUAAAAUGUUUUUGGCAUUACAGAUUUUUUUUUUAUUUUUUGUAAAAUGAAACUUUUUAGCGGUGCAAUACAGCAUGCAAAAUUUGAACAUAGGUCACCAGAGAGAGAGAUAUAGCGCAUUGUUUUUCUAAAAUGGAAAAUUCUAAUGACGUCAGCAAUUGACAUAAAACGCUAAAGAACACGCGCAAUGGCAUGUGAUGGCGCAAGCAACUGGUCACGUCAGGUCAUUUCGGAAGUUCUUUCAUUUUGAUAAUCAGUUUCCGCCACCUGCGCCGUAAAAGUGGUCACCCGGUUUACUUCGCGAUUCUUGAGAAUGAUUUCUGUGAUAACUGUAUCGAUCCACCUAAAUAAUUGGAAAGUUGAAGACACGUCUCGAAGUCGUAGAUGUCUAGAAUGCGCUUAAUGAACUACCAGACAUCAAAUUAAUAAACAAUUUUCAUAUUUAAUUUGAUGUACAUUGAGUUCCUCCGGGAAUGAGACAGUAAUUGAAAUUUGGUAUUUCUGUUGUUUUAAAUUUCAUGGGUAAAUGAUUUCAGGCAUUUCAAACAUUAGAAUUUCGUAUUCAGUGAUCUGGGCCCUGGCGGCGGGCGUACUCUUCUUCAAACUAGGGACCUUAAGCAUGUACGACGGCAACGCGACAACAACAGCCAAAACAAACUUCUUCAAAUAAAUUAUUGCGAAGAAUAGCUGUUGUGUAUUAUCUACUGCAUGUAUAUAUGAAUUGAGGUCAGUUUGAAGAGAUUAAAACAAAGGCUUUAUGGUUAAAAACGCUUGACAUCAUGCGUUGUACACGAGACGUGAAAAUAUCUGGUUUGUCGUUGUAAAAAGCCCUAACACAAUGUCUCUAACUCCUGUGGGGCUUUUCAUUAUUCAUUUCUUUUGUACGAGAUCAGGAAUAUCAUUGUGUGGAUAGUCGUCGUCGCCGCUUUGCCGUCCUGUUUGCUUAAGGUCACUAAAUAAAUGUUUCGAACCUGACUACCUUCCCAAUAUGAAUACGUUUUCUGGUUAGAAAACUGAACCGUUGGUAAAUGUCGUUUCUUUAGAAAGACUUUCCGGAUACUUUGUAGCUUUUUUGUUGUACAUGGGAAUCAACCAGUUGUAAUACCAUGCAUGCAUGUAGUUUAGGUAUUGGCCGUAAAUAUCAUUAUAUCAUUAUAAUUCUCAUAAAGAACAUUAUAAACUUCACCUUCAUGAAUCAAAUCAUCUCAAAUUAUUUGAUUUUGUUUGCAAGCUUAAUAGUCCUUCGCAAAACAGUAUAAUAUUUCUAGUCGAAAGUUAGACCGCGAGCAGUCCCUCGGGAGAAAGGAGGGACGCCGACAACACAUCAAGAAACCAAAUACGCCCACUUUUCGCUCUUGUCAAGUUGACUCCGCCUUUGCAUAAACAUUACCGUUAAUGUAAUGUUUAUUUACAGGGUGUAUAAAAAAAGGUAAUCGAACUUCAGCGCGCUAUUGUACGUGAAUUAUUCGGCGUAUGGCCAUUUUUUUUCAUAUUCGGAAAGAUCAGGCUUUUUCCUGUUGAACGACAUGUUUUUCAUGCCAGGUGAAGAAAAAACAAGCAAUCACGAACUUGUCGUAGCUUAGCAUGUGCCGAAUACAUUAAAUAAUUCAUACGCAGAGUAAUGUAGAUACAAAAGCUCGCUGAAGUUCGAUUACCUUUAUUUAGACACACCCUGCAUAAAAUCAACAUUCAGUCGGAAAUUCAAAUUAUUUAUAGCAUAAUUAUUACGUAUCAGAUUUGAUUGACAGGCGUAUCGAUUUCGAACAAUGAGAAUUUUGCGUUGUGUGGGCAACGCGUAUUUCGUUGCUUGAUGUGUUGUCGGCAGUCCCUCCUUUCCAUUCGCAUGCCCGGAAAUCUAAACCGAGGGACCGCUCGCAAUCCAGUCGAAACUUUAAUUUUAUGAAAUUAAAUAAUUAUUGUUGAAAAUUGUCUACAAUCCGGAUCCAUAGUGAUUACAAAUCUAAUUUCUCUAGGCAAAAGUUCAAACCUUUGCAUAAUAAUGGAAUAUUGUCCGAAUGGAAAUCUUCGAGAAUUCUUACGAAACAAUCGCAGUCGGUACAACGCGGAGGAAGAAUUAUUCGAUCCAGAUCUUUCCCAAGUGUUUGGUCCAAAAAGUUUGAUAUAUUUUGCUUGGCAAAUUACGAAAGGAAUGACAUUUUUGGCCUCAAGAAAGGUAAAGUUUCCCCAUCCCAGUAUAAGACAGACCAGAUCCUGUAUACAGACUAUAUGUAUCGGGUUUUCCCCAUGACUCUACCGCAGGCGUAGAUUGAAUGAAGCGGCGGAGUGAGUUCAGAGCCGUACGUACGGAUAGCUCGUUCGGAAAGAGCACAAUGCUCCUUUGUUAGUGAUACCUUCGUUUUAUUGCGAGCACAACAUUUGAUGUGAGGUGAACUUUGUCAAAUUCUACGCAAAUUUAUUUUUCAAUGUACUUGAUAUGUAAAUAAGAUGACGUCAGUAGUAGGAUACAGAAUUUGAAAGUCCACACAACUCUAAAAUCUCAUAUUUUUGUGCGUAACACUAAUAAAAUGAACGCAAAUUUAUAUUUCAAUGUACUUGAUAUUUAAAUAUGAUGACGUCAGAAGUAGGAUACAAUAUUUGAAAGUCCACACAACUGUAAAAUCUCAUAUUUUUGUGCGUAACACUAACAAGAUACACCAUCGACAUAAACUUACGAUUUCAUCUAUUUCGUACUGUGAGCUUGACGACUUUGGUGUGAUUGACAUGUUUAAAAAUUCUCUACCAAAACAGACUUAAAUGAUAUAGCCAGUACCUUUUAAUGACAAAGAGAUGUUUUUCAUAUUGUCGUUCCAGUUUAGCAACCUAUCAAUCAUGGCAAGGUUGUAAAAAUAAAUAUUUUUCAAUUUUUUUCUGUUAUUCCUGCAGAUAAUUCAUCGAGAUUUGGCUGCACGAAAUAUCUUACUUGGACUGGGAUAUGUAGCAAAAAUUGCAGACUUUGGAUUGGCUAGAGAUGUCUAUAAAAAUCAACAAUAUUUAAGAACAUCAACAGUAAGUCUACAACCAACAAUUUUGCUUGUUUGUAUUCUCAAUACUCUGAAAUGUUCAGUUCUUUGAAAAAUUACCACUUAACUGCGCAUGCUCUAAAAAUCCAAUGAUGUAAAAAUAAUUUUAAAAAAUUAUCAAGCCUGAUCUAAAGGCACCAAAAAUAGGCUCUCAUCUCAUAGUCGUGCGAAGACGAGUGGAGCCAAAACUUUCAACACCGAUGCUUUCUUCUAGGUUUCAGCGUUUCUUCUUUCGAGAGAUGUAUUUGAAGUUGUCAUAGUUUAGGAUUUUUAUUCGGCAGUACACCUUUCCGGAAAGUACGUUACCUUAAUUGACUUAAAGGUCGUGAUUGAGGUUUUGGUCUUUAUCUUACAUAUACAAAAAAUGGGACUCGUUCGGAAAAGUGACGUACUUUCCGCAAGAAUGUAUUCACGAAAUGUGGCAUUUUAAUUUCUAGGGAUUGGUUCCUUUCAAAUGGAUGGCUGUUGAGUCCAUCAAGGAUUCAUUAUUUACUGAGAAGUCAGACGUGUAAGUAAAACUGUAAGGAGAGUGUUUGUUAAACAUGCGACUAUACCAUGCAUCCACACAAAUUUCCCAGAAAGAUGAGAAAUUGACCACUUGCGUAAUAGACUAAAUCAAACAUUUCAUCACAGCUUGAAAGCGCAUCACAAAAUUAGUAAUAUUCCAAAGUUUCGUUGCGAAAUGUUGUAAAAUGCGGAUAAUAUAUAGCCUUGCGAAGUUUGCAAUUUUCAGUCAUUUUAGAUUACAAACUGGAAAUUGACAGCCCCAAAGGGUAUUGGGCUGUCAAUUUCCCGUUUGUAAUCUAAAAUGACUGAAAAUUCCAAACUUCGCAAGGCUAUAUUAUCCGCAUUUUACAACAUUUCGCAACGAAACUUUGGAAUAUUACUAAUUUUGUGAUGCUCUUUCAAGCGUGAUGAUAUUUUUGUCUAGACUUGUUCAGAUCAAAAUUUAGUCUAUUACGCAAAUGGUCAAUUGAAGACUUCUUCAGAUAUUCUGGCCAGUACAAGGGCAAUAUAUUAAAUUGAAGGAGUAUAUUAUUCAAGGAGGGGUUUUGAAAACUCGCAUGUGCAGUGAACGAGUGAUUGCUAAACUUCGGAAGAAAUGCAUCGUUCAAAGAACUGACUCAUAAGUGAGAACAUGUUGUUCUUAUUGGCGUUGCAUAGUUUGUUUACUUCAAAAUCGGAAUUUCAAUAGCACGUUUUUGUUCGAAAAAUUGAAAUUGAAAGGUCUUAAUAGGAAUUAAGGUUUCUCAAUUCCAAGGGAAUAAUUACACAUUCCGAGUAAAUAUUGAGGGCAUUUAUUUGUUCCUAUGGUUCGAAUCAUCUCUCCGUUUAGGUGGUCAUUUGGUAUUUUACUUUGGGAAAUCUUCUCAUUGGGUGAGUAAAUUUAGCCUUUCUUUUAUUUUUUCUCGAAAUUGUUAGUGUUAACUAUAAACGAAUUCAAAAUCGUACAAGAUGGGGUAGAGGGAGCGGUCAGCUGCCUCCCCCGGAAAAAUUCAGGUUGGGCAAAUGGUAACAUAAGUGGGCAAUUUCUAUGAGCUUUAAAAGUAAGUUGGGCAAAAAGAUGCAGGGGAGGGGAGAAAUUGAAAAGCAAGAAAUGUGCAAGAUAAUAAUCAAAUACUUAAGAAAUAUGUAAUGCGCCUCCCCCCCAACCCCUCCCCGGCACCAAGAAUUUUUUAGAUUUAGCAGAAAAACAGCUUUGAUUGGUCGGGCAAAAAUGCAACAAACUGGGAAAAUUUCUUUCUGGCCCACUAUUUUUUCCUCCUACACACCGAUGCGCGAAAUGUAUCAUCACUUUGCAUUGUUUGAAACGUACCAGUUUGGGUAUGAGUUUCAUUUAGUAAGAUACAAUGUGGACAUAGUGACAGUAGUAUCACUUGCAAAAUAUAUUGCUUUCAGGUGGGACUCCUUACCCAGGAAUGCAUGUCACUGAGGUACAUCACUACUUGUUGCAAGGAAAGCGAAUGGAACCACCUAUUCAUUGUCCUCAGGAAAUGUGAGUAUCGAAUAUGAUUAAUUAAGAUCACAACGAAAUUAAAAAAUAGACUGAUUCACAAAAUAGUUGUCAUUCUUUUUCUUCUUUCGAAAUUAAUUUCAACCGAGGUAAUUCACUGCCGCCUUACAGAAUACUUCAAGACUAAUAGUUUAACAAAGUAUAAAUAUAAUGCCAUAUAUCUAUUCUUUUCGAGAAUAUAUGAUAGAAAUACAGGAGACGGCUGACUUGCCUUGUUUUAGUACUUCUCAAGGUGCUAUAUAAUUUCGUUUGUAUGUAUUAUUUUCAAUCUUAGGCCUGUUUUAUACGUCGAAUUUCAGUCGCGUCAAAUUCAGUUCAAACAAUAGAUAAUGAAGCUUAAAUUAAUGGGGUUUAUUAACUCACUAUCUAUUUUCUUAAUUGCAUUCGACGUGGCCAAAAUUCGACGUAUAUAAAAGAGGCCUAAAACUCUUACACUUUGCUUCUGUUGAAAUAUUGUUUUUUCGAUAGAUACA